CUGGGGCUGGGAGGGCGCGGAAGCAGGCGCGCGGCGGGCAGGCCCGGAGGGGGCGGGUCCCCGCGGGCCUCGGAGCCGCCCGUCCCGCCUGAGGAGAGGUCACGGCGUGAAGCCGCCGCCGCCGCUAUCGCUGCGAGAUCUGAGCGCUGGGCUGCAGCCAUGGCCUACUGCCGGCAGGAAGGAAAGGAUCGAAUCAUAUUUGUGACCAAAGAAGACCAUGAAACUCCAAGUAAUGCGGAGCUGGUGGCUGAUGACCCCAAUGAUCCGUACGAGGAGCAUGGCUUGAUCCUGCCAAACGGGGACAUUAACUGGAACUGCCCGUGCCUUGGGGGAAUGGCCAGCGGCCCCUGUGGGGAACAGUUCAAGUCGGCCUUCUCCUGCUUCCACUACAGCACGGAGGAGGUCAAGGGGUCGGACUGCAUAGACCAGUUCCGGGCCAUGCAGGAGUGCAUGCAGAAGUACCCAGACCUCUAUCCCCAGGAGGACGAGGAGGAAGAGGAGAAGAAGCCACCAGAACCUUUAGAGGAAACAGCUGGCCCUGAGGCCACCGCGCCCAGAGAGGAGGAAGGGUCCAGCUAAUGAAGGCCCCGAGGCCCGGCCCCAGUCCUUCGUCUCCGGAGUGAUGGGAACGUUUUGCACAAUGCCUUUCGGUCGCUCUCCAAGAAGGUGUCUUUCCCUUUUGUUCUGUGCACUGUAAUGUACAAAAUAACUUAUUGUGAUCAUCAGGGGUCUUGGUCCCUUGACAUAUACACUGAAAAAAACAGAGUUGUGUGUAUGUGUGUCUCACAUAAGCCUAUCAGCGAACGUAGCUGCCACUUUUGAAUUUUGCCCUGAAUUUUGCCACUUUGAAAUAAUGUGCUGAAUAUUCUCAGCACUGUGAUUGAGCUGAUUUAUUCUGAUUCAUUAUAGCCUUUUUAGUAGAUUUUAUACCCCUUUGGGAAAUGAAAUAGAAAAAAA